CCUCAAUCCAUAUAUAUACUGAAUUAAAGAGUCGGCUUGUAUUUUUUCUUACUUUUCUUUUCUCUUCAAAUGACAGAGCUUUUCUUUUAAGCUCUCCUUCUCUCAAUUGUUAUAUGGCAUCUCAAGCCAGUCUCCUCCUUCAAAAGCAGCUCAAAGAUCUUUGUAAGAAUCCGGUUGAUGGUUUCUCAGCCGGAUUGGUUGAUGAGAACAAUAUCUUUGAAUGGAGUGUUACGAUUAUUGGACCACCCGAUACUCUUUAUGAAGGGGGAUUUUUUAAUGCCAUCAUGAGCUUUCCACCUAAUUAUCCAAACAGCCCUCCAGCGGUGAAAUUUACGUCAGAGAUUUGGCAUCCUAAUGUUUAUGCUGAUGGGCGUGUUUGCAUAUCAAUUCUUCAUCCUCCGGGUGAUGAUCCAAAUGGUUAUGAGCUUGCAAGUGAGCGCUGGACGCCAGUACAUACAGUCGAAAGUAUUGUGUUGAGUAUCAUUUCAAUGCUUUCCAGCCCUAAUGAUGAAUCUCCCGCAAAUGUUGAAGCUGCAAAGGAAUGGAGAGAGAGGAAAGAUGAAUUCAGGAGGAAGGUCAGCCGCUGCGUUAGACGGUCACAAGAAAUGUUAUGAUCGGUUUGCUAGCGUGGUGCUUCGGCUCUACAUGCAUAACCGAAGUAAGUGCCUUAAUUUAUUAAGGGAAAGAUGUGGUUCAUACAUCUCAAGUAUCCUUGUAGAAUACCAUUUGAAAGUUCUCACCUUUUCCUUUUUACUUAUAUUGCCCUUCCUUUUGAUAAUUGUAACAAGUCUCAAAUGUUUUAUGUAUUCAAAAGCUUUUUGCUUAUUAUUGACAAUUUGUGUUCCAUUAGAUCCA